AGCAGAAGUUCGCUGUCAAAGCGCCGGGAUUCGAGCUCAGUACCGUGGUGCAGGCACUUAUUACAAAGCAGAGCCGGGUUUUUUUUUUGGUGCAGUUGGUGUAUUUGCUUGUGUUGUUUGACCUACAAUAAGACUAUGAGUUGUUCCACUCCCGACCAGAGACUGGAGCAUCUCCUGAGCGCAGUGGAGAACGAGUUUCACAAAGGGACUGAGAAAGGAGACACGUCCGAGAGGGACAUUAAACUCACCCUGGAGGAUGCAGAGCUGUGGAGCAAAUUUAAAGAGUUAACUAAUGAAAUGAUUGUCACAAAAACUGGAAGACGGAUGUUCCCUGUUCUGAGGGCUAGUGUUAGUGGCCUGGACCCCAACGCUAUGUAUUCGGUGCUGCUGGACUUUGUGGCUGCAGAUAAUAAUCGCUGGAAGUACGUUAAUGGAGAGUGGGUACCGGGUGGAAAGCCUGAGCCUCAGAGCCCCAGCUGUGUGUACAUCCACCCAGAUUCACCCAACUUUGGAGCCCACUGGAUGAAAGCACCUGUCUCCUUCAGCAAAGUCAAACUGUCCAACAAACUCAACGGAGGAGGACAGAUCAUGUUGAACUCUCUGCACAAGUAUGAGCCGAGGAUCCACAUCGUGAAGGUGGGCGGCAUCCAGAAAAUGAUCAGCAGCCAGUCUUUCCCAGAGACUCAGUUCAUAGCAGUGACUGCCUACCAAAAUGAAGAGAUUACAGCACUGAAGAUAAAACACAACCCGUUUGCUAAGGCCUUCCUGGAUGCUAAAGAGAGGAGUGACCACCGGGAGGCCCAAGAUCAAAGCAGUGACAAUCAGCAGUCUGGCUACUCACAGAUUGGUGGCUGGUUUUUGCCCAGUAAUGGCCCUAUCUGUCCCAGCAAUAGCCCACCACAGUUCACUCAGUCGCCAGGUCACUCCUCCAGCUCUUAUUGCGAGCGCUAUUCCAGCCUGCGGAGCCACCGAGCAUCUCCUUACCCAAGCCACUACACUCAUCGCAGCACUAACAAUAACAAUUACAUGGACAGCUCUUCAGGGAGUAUUCCAGCCCAUGAUAAUUGGUCAACCUUGCAAAUCCCUAAUUCUAGUGGAAUGGGCACGCUCGCUCAUACCACCAACACCACCUCCAACACAAGCCAGUACCCCAGCUUAUGGUCUGUGGCAGGGACAGCCCUCACACCUUCUGGCUCGGCCUCAGGCUCCAUUGCUGGUGGUCUGACCUCUCAGUUCCUGCGAGGUUCCUCCGUGUCUUAUUCAGGUCUGACCUCCUCUCUACCUGUCUCUUCUCCAUCGUCCAUGUACGAUCCAAGCAUGACUGAGGCGGGAGUGGCCGAUGCCCAGUUUGAGACCUCCAUUGCCAGACUUACAGCUUCCUGGGCACCUGUAGCACAGAGCUACUGAGAACUGACUGGGGCUCAAGAGAUUUGCUCUUGAUGUUCUAGAGAUAGGAUAAUCAGCCUGGAUCGGAGAUUAAGAUCUCUGAAUGGUGAUCAAUGGGUUGUUCUAAUGCAUGUUAGAAGAUCCAUAAGAGAGAUGUUUUGCAGUUUGGGGAAAUUCCUUUCUCAUUUUAGAAAGCUAAAAUAAACACAUGACCCAUAUAUAUUGUUCUUGAAAACGGUAAUUAUUUUAUAGAGAUAAUAGAAACUUUACUGUCAUUUGGGACCAACAAUGGAGCUCCUGGAACUAUAAGAUAUUAAUAAGACCAAAUGUUGUUGACUGAAUAAAUGUAAAUGUCUGUAAAUAAAUGUAAGUUAAUGUCAAUGAUCAUGGUUGGUCAUAUAGAAAAUCUAAAAUAUUCAGAAAGUGUUGAUGU